UUCCGAGCCUUAUGCUUUAACUAGAUACUUGGAAUCUGGAUCCUUGGAAAUUAAGGACUUAGGUGUCGUAAUAGUUUAUUGUGGUCACUUUGCGAAUCAAGUUCCUUGGGCGAUAAUUUAUUCAUUGUAUGCGAGUGGAACCUCUUCCACCUUUGAUAUAUGUAUGUAUAAACUUGGGGUAUAUGGAGUAUAUAUGCAUACACAUCUGAUUGUUUUGGUUCACAUUUUGACCUGGCUCUUACUUAAAUCCUGCGUCACAGCCUUGAACCCCUCACAUUUGUUGACUCACUUAAACUUUGGGCACGCACAUCCAGCCGAUGGUUAAUCGGCCAUUACUACAAAAGCACAAUAUAUACACAGCCACAGCAGAGAUACUCGACUUUUCGCACCGUGUACCAACAAAUAAACAACAUAAAAUGUUCGGGGUCACUUUAUCGAUUGAACGAGGGUUGUCACAAAGUCUCUCGGACUCUAUCCCUAGGCACUGGCGCUACCACAGGACAGAGCAGGAGGAGCACAAUCACAUAUUAGGCGUACCUUAAUCACAAUUGCAUUUGAAUCCGAGAUCUUCUAGUCUAAUCCGUUGUUUAUUCCGUGUAUUAACUGCGAUUUAUGGCUACUCCCUAUGCGGAUAUCCUUCGCGGACAGGAGUUGAUUUGAUAAGAAAACACUAACAACUGCCAGGCCCGAUAUCCACAACAACGCGAGGACCCAAGCAACCACAACCCAAAGCCUGGAGAGCGGACAAUACAGACCCGAAAAGCCACGAACUGCCGGCUGACUGGGUCUUCAGUUACACCUGCUUCCGAAGUCUUUGUGGGGUGGAACUGCCGAGCGAUGGUUACUAGGCAAGGCCCUGUUGUUUGGGUUGCCCUUGGCAACCUGGCUUCGUGUCCUUUCUCGGAGUUUUGGCGACUUGGCACAUGUACUGGGAGAGCACACCAAAAUGGACGAACCGGUCAGCAAAAAGCCAAGUGCAGAAGAAGAUGGGGAGAAGGAGGAAGAGGAGGAGGAUGGUGAUGAGCCGCUAAGGGGCUUUCUAGACGAGGUCAACUGCCCAGAGCCGGGCAUCAUAGAUCGCAAAAUGAUUGAGUCCGCCUAUCUGGAAGAGGGCCAAAAGGGCGAAGCGAGACGCCUCCACCAGCUGGAACCGGUGGUCUACGAACGCAUUCGCACUAUGCGCCUGGAGUUCAAGAACAUCUUGCGGAUUGACCAUCUCUGGAUGAUGCCCAAUCUAACAACGCUGUGCUUGAACUGCAACAAGAUUGAGGUGAUCGAGCACCUCACCAUGCUCACUGCCCUCAAGGAUCUCAAUCUAAGCUUUAAUUACAUUACGCGAAUCGAGAACCUAGAGACGCUGGUUAACCUGGAAAAGCUGUCGCUUUUUAGCAAUCGCAUCCAAAAGAUCGAGAACUUGCAGACACUGGAGAAACUGGUCAUCCUUAGCAUUGGCAACAAUCUAAUCAACACUGUGGAGGGUAUCGAACGCCUACGCUUUGUGAGCAGCUUGAGAGUGUUGAAUUUGGAGGGUAACCCCAUUGCCAAAAUGCCGGAUUUCCCAUUGUCCCUUUAUGUGACUGCCAUCCUACCCCAGUUAAACUACUACGAAUACGUGUUCAUUAAGGCGGAGACGCGUGCGGAAGCUCAAAAGCGUUUCUACCGUGAACUGCGCGAGAUCGAGGACAAACAGGAGCGCGAGAUCCAAGGCCUGGCGACGGAGGAACGGGAAAUGGCCGAAGCGGAACGUUUAGCUUCCAGCUUUGUGGAACACCUAGAUGGUCAUCAGCUGUACGAAUCCUUGUGGCGCGACGACAAUAACGGGCGCAUUCUGAUGUUGGUAGGAACUCCUGCGCAGGAGCUAACCGAAGAGUACACCAAGGAUGUUCACGAGCUGACCCAGCAGAUCUAUCGUCUUGGUCUGGAGCGGUUUGGGGAGCGGGAUGCUGAGAUCCGGGACUUUAAUGCCAACCUAUAUGAGGGGCAGGAGGAGCUACAGUCACAGGGUCAAAAACAAAUCGAGGAGUUCCUACAAUACAAGGAGCAAACAUUUGAUGAGAUGCGGUUAAAGUGGCGAGAUCUGGACCAACGCGAUGACGAUUUGGAAGAGGUGUCAGCUCAGUUGGAUGCACUUACCGGACAGUUUGAAGAUGCCUUGAACGAGAUGUGGCAGAGCUUAAUGGCUCAGGAGCUUCAUCUGCACGAAGCUGUUGAGGAUUCCACGCUGAACUUUAAACGGAAGAUAACCCAGCUGAUGGCCAGCUUUGUGGAACAGGCCCAGGUGAUUUUUCAGCAGUUGCGCGAUGUCUGUGGGCACUUUGCCGACAACAUGACGGAGAUCGUGUCGCAAUAUCUCGCCUCCAAGCUCUUGCGGAAUGAUUUGAACGCCAUUCCCGAGGAACUGCGAAAGUGUGUCGCUGAUCGUGACGCACUCCGCCAGCUUGUGGAGGCUAUGAGGUCAUCUCACGCCUCAAGGGUGUACGAACGGGAGGAUCGCAUGGCCAAUCGCAGCAGGGAGUUUAUAGACGACAUGAUAAAGAAGUUGAAAAACAAAGAGGUGGACCGUCACCGUGCCAAGGUACUGGAGAUCAAUUCGUUUAUGGAAAUGAUGACUGAGGCACUAGCUAACCUACCGCGGGAGAUAAAUCAGUCGAAGAAAGAGUCACUCUCUGAUUAACAAAUAUUUUUAAUAACGAUUAAGUAAUAAAUGCAGUGAGAUUAUCAUCUAGCCUA